AUGGUCAAAAUCGCCAUCUGUGGUGCCGGCAUAGCAGGUCUGUCGACCUACCUCUUGUUGCAGAAGCACCUCAACGACCUAAGCUCGCAACCCUCAGCACAUGAAAUCACAAUCUACGAAGCAUACGAUGUCGGUAAGCCAGCACCAAAGGCAAGUGACGAAAACAGCUCAACGAACGAGUCUACUCCCAGUCCACAGUCAAUUGGCGGUGGCAUCGGCAUCUCCAAGAACGGGCUCAAUGUCCUGUCACGGAUGGAGCGCACAGAUGAUAAACCAGGCAGCAGCAGCAGCAGCAGCAGCACAGGCGUCAACUCCGGACUGAUCAAAGAAAUGACUCGCCGAGGCCAUCCGAUCGAGCGCUGGGAGAUCAGCACGGCGCGAGGCUGGACGAUCGUUGACGUGAACCUCGUUCCAAAGCACCUCCGAGACCCAAGUACUCAAAGCAAUGGCAAGAAGUCAUCCACCUCAGUCACAAAGGAAAAACCAUACAUGUACCACAGCGUGAUGAUAACGCGCAAAGCAUGCUGGGAGAUUCUGCGCGACCGGGUGAUCGAGCAGUGGCCCGAUGCGGUGGUGAAGAAACGAGUCUUGGAGAUCUCGAUCGGAGACUCUACGACUCCCAACGUGAUAAGAUUCGAGGACGGGACCGAAGAGACCGUAGACCUGGUCAUCGGUGCCGAUGGACUGAGGAGUGUCGUCAGGAAGGCAAUGUUUGAGAUCGACGACUCCAAGCUCCAGGCUAAGGAUGACGAUGGUGACUAUGGAGCGAAAUCGCAGCAUAGCUGGGCUCAGGCUGUCCUCCGAUGGUUCGGUCUCUCGCGUGCGCCAAUCAACACUGCCAAAUCCGCAAAACCGGACUAUAUAACUCCACAUUACGAAGGCCUCGUCGGCGUCGGCGGGCUCGUGCCGUCCUCCCUCCUAGAAUCCACCGGCCACAAGCCAGGCACAAUGUCCAUCGUCUUCGGACCAAAUGGAUUCUUCGGGUAUGGCUACUUGACCUCUGCUCCCGCCAUUGAGCGCAGCGAAACGGAAGAAAACGCACCCAAACUCAACCCAGCCCUCAUCCCAGCAACAAUCCCUCCCGGCCCGAUAGCAGGAUGGUGGUCGACCUUCUCCAGCUCCACCCCCUACCCGUACAACGACACAGGGAGCACCACCCCACCGUCGACCAACAAACCAGGAAUCUUCAACCGACCCUUAGCGAUGCGAUCUCUCCUCGCCCGGCACGCCCGAUGGAAGAACCCCACGAUCUCCGCAAUCACAGCAUACGUCGAGACAUGCAACACGACAACCCUGCGCGUCGACGCCAGCUGCAUGGGCCGGUGCGACUACCGGAUCGUCGCGCCGGCGUCCGCCCCACCAGCAGACGCAGUGCCCCCACCCACCGCCGCGCUGGACGGCAGCUACCCGACGUGGACGACGCCGGAGCUGCCCUUCUGGACGGUGCGCGGGCGCGUCGCGCUCGUCGGCGAUGCUGCACACGCGCUGCAGCCGUCGUCGGGCCAGGGCGCGUGCCAGGCACUCGAGGACGCAGAGGCUCUGGCCCUGUUGCUGCGGCAUCACCUUGAUCGCUGCGUUGCUGGUGCCGACGAGGUUGGUGCGCUGGCGAACGCGCUCGAGCAGUAUGAAGCGCUGCGUAUGCCCCGUGUCCAUGCCAUCUAUGAACGGAGUCAGAGGAUGAGUCGCAUGAAGAUGGAGAUGGGUGUGCUCAUGGAGUGGACCAUGUAUUUGAUGAUUUAUGUCAUGAGUAAGCAUUUUGAUUUUGUCGACCUGUUCUCCCUCCCUCCCUACCAGGAUUGUUGGCUGAUUUGGAUUUUCUUACUGUAG